UGCUUGCUGGACGAUGGCAGGCAAGGAGGAGAGCUGGCUGAGCAGCUUCUUCGGCAGCGCAUCGCAGCUCUUGAGCAGCUCACAAGAUCAGCAAGACACGCCCGCGCUGCCGGACGCGGACACCUUACCGUCAGAUUUCUCAUCGAUAUCGACGGGAUGGAGCAGGAUGACGAGCAUCCGAUGCGAUGAUGGCGAGGAUGAGGAUCCCAAGCCAUCUGCGGACGAGGGCGAGGAAGCGGAAGGAGGCGGCGAGGGCGGAGAGGCAGAGGAGGAAGAGGAGGAGGAAGAGGAGCCUGUAGAUCCGGCGGAUGAGAUCAAGGAGAAGUGCAAGUCUUCGUCGCAGUGCAAGGCGGCCAAGCACCACUUUGAGGAGUGCCAGGAACGCGUAGAGGCCGGCAAGGGCUUCAAGGGCGAGAACUGCGUCGAGGAGCUGUUCCAUCUGCUACACUGCGUGGACGAAUGCGCUGCUCCUAAGAUCUUCGCCUCUAUGAAGUAGAUUGUUCAGACGCUUCCCACGAGGCAGGGAUGGCGUUGCGAGCUCUGAACAUCAGCAUGCAAUGCAGCAGAUUUGACGUUCAGAGUGCAUUUGAGAUGUUACAUUCAAAUAAUCAGGAAGCGCAUACAGUCGGUCCGGAGGCCUAGCCAGGCG